GUGCAGAGCUGUGGUCGUGCAGUGCACUGAGGGAGCCAUGGCGAAAGAAAGGUGUUUGAAGAAAACCUUUAAGGACAGCCUUGAAGACAUAAAAGAACGGAUGAAAGAAAAGCGAACAAAACAACUUGCCAAGGUGGCCGCAGUCAAUAAGGCGUUCUCUACAAAAGUCAAGAUCAUCAGCAAUAAUUCUACAUCUGUAACGAGCUUUCAGGCCAAUAACAAAGCUUUGGCCCUGGCUCUGGAAGCUGAGAAGUUUAAGACUAGACAAGCCCAAGAUAUCAUCCUGCAUUUAAAAGGAGAGCAGCAGAGAUCGAUGUUUGAAAUCUUUCUUUUGAGGAGGAAGCUCAGCAUCCAACAAGGAAGCAGACAAUCAGAAGCUAAGUUGGCAUCCUUGAAAGAAAUAAUUGCCAAAGUCACUCACAAUCUGCUGGAGACUGCCAACCUUCUUGGACCAGCACAUGCCUUGUGUUCACCUGAUGACCCAACUAGCGCUCCUUCUGCUGUGGAGAGAUGUUCAGGUCCUGGUCUGGCAAGUAGCAGCUUGGCAAAGUCGCAUGUUUCUGCUUCAGAUGCUGGAAGAAAUGUUAGCCGUGCAUUGGAUAGCUGCACAAAAGCCGAGGCAAGAAAUCCCAAAGACGUAGCUUCAGAGAACUCUGAUCAUGGGCCUGCAGUAAAGAGAUCAUCUAGAGGUCAGAGUGGAAAGAAAUCUAGCUCAAUUCAGCCAAGAACAGAUGAUGAAUUCUCUGACACGGAGACUGCAAAUGAAGUAAAAUUUAAAAAUGUCUCUCUGAGGCGUCGUGCUUCCAGUUUGGCUGUUUGCAAAGAAGAGUCCUUUAUGAAUAAUUCUAUGAUUCCUGAACCAGAACCCAUUGCUCCUGUGGAUGAUGGCUUAAAUACCUGCAGCAAUGGUGAAGAAAUCGACUCUUGUUGGGACCAGAGUCCCUCAAAAGAUGAAAUUAAUCCAUUUUCAACGCUAAAUAAGAUAUCAAGUUCAACACCUGAGGCCAAACCAAAGCAAAUGCCAAAAGGCAAACCUGAAUCACGCCCAGGUCGAGAGAAGGCUAGAAAAAGCAGAGCAGAAGGUGGCGGUACUGUCCAGCUGAAAAAGCCUUGGGAAAAGCCAAAACCAAGGGCUAGGUCCAAAAGCAGAGAAAGGGGUGCAAGCAAGUCUGGAGCCUCGAAGGACAAAAUUAACACAUCUUUAAAUUCAGGAGAUGCAUAUGAUUUUGUCUUUGAAGAGAGCAUACAUGUUACUCCUUUCCGUCAAAGCAAGCAAAGCCAAGAUCAGGAAGAGAAAGAAGAACCAGAGGAAGAAAAUCUUCAUAAAAGCAGUAGCACUAGUGAAGAGGAGAAAUCAGACGACAGUUUAUAUUUGCCUUCUAGGGAAAAGUCAAGGAAUCAAAGCAAUGAGAAAACUACAGCUUCACUUCCAUUAAGGCCCAGAUCUAAAAGAAGCAAGCUGCAGCAGACCGCUGAGAAGAAAGAAAAUAGAAGCAGUGAUCGGUUUCAACAAGAUGUUGGUAACGCAAAGAAAAAUCGAAGAGUUCGUACAAAUGGUCAAGUAGAGAAUCUUCAAACAAGAUUCAAUGAAACCGCAGAGCCAGAAGACAGAAACAAAGAGAAUUCCUUAUUAAAAUGUGCUUAUACGGACGUGAAUGUGGAACAAAGCAUAGACUUCCAUGCGGAACAAGAGAAUCUUCCUUUCCCUGCAGACAAAAAUGAACCUGAAGGAGCAUUUCCAGCUCAGCGGAUCAGCCUUUCUGAUGUCACUAAUUUGUCUUUGUGCUCAGGAAGCAAGGAAACAAAGAAACAUUCUUUUCCAUUUUAUGACGAUGACCGCAAGCGUUCCGGAACCUGCAUGAGGAAAAGGAGGUGUACAGUAACAGUGAAUUAUGCAGAGCCAAAUCUCAGCAAGAAACUCAGACGAGGCGACCCCUUUACAGAUACUGAAUUUUUAAGCUCUCCCAUUUUCAAGUACCGCAAAUCACUGAGCAGAAAAUCUCUGACAAGAUACAAUGAGGCCUUUGUUGGCUGUGGCCAAGCUGUCCAGCACAAGGUGGUGGAGCUCUACAUUCUGGCUGUGUGGGACAAACAGGUUCAGUCCCUGGACCUCCCUAUUCGCCUGACCAGCAAGACCAGACUUGCCCUGGCGUGGUGGAUCUCCAACCUGGCGCUGGAAUUGGGGAAACACCUUCCCCUGGUCUGGAAGGUGUUUACGAUGGAUGUCAGCCUGACAAGGUGUGGAACAUUCCUGGCAAGCUUUUUGGCUGAAGGGACCUAG